AGUUGAGCAAGGAACUAAUGAAAUCCAAUCCAAGAGCACGUGUCCCGCCAUGCAUGCACUUGAAACCCCCACUUAAUUAAUUUUUGUAAAUCGUGUUAAUUACCAUACAAGGCUUCUUAAUUGAGAUAGAGAAAGAAGGAGAUAACAUAGAAAUAGAAUAGAAUAGAAUAGAAGAAGAAAUUAAUCAAAGGCAAGAGAAUAAGAUCAUGAAGGCGACAAAGAGACCGAUCCACACCGCAUCCACAUGGUUUCGGCGGCAACCGCCACAAAUGAAGGCUUUUCUGGCCGUGGCUUGCGGUGUCAUGGCCUUAAUGUUCCUCCGCAUGGUGGUUCACAAUCAUGACAAUCUCUUUGUGGCUGCCGAAGCCGUUCAUGCAUUAGGAAUCUCCUUACUCAUUUACAAGCUCACCAAAGAAAAUUCUUGUGCCGGACUUUCUCUAAAAUGUCAGGAACUAACAGCAAUGUUUCUAGGAGUUAGACUGUAUUGCAGUUUUGUGAUGGAAUAUGAUAUCCAUACAUUACUGGAUUUAGCAACAUUAGGAACAACCCUUUGGGUUAUUUAUAUGAUGCGCAUCACACUAAAUUCCACUUACAUGGAUGAUAAGGACAACUUUGCAAUUCAUUAUGUAAUAAUACCCUGUGCUGCCCUUUCCUUCCUCAUUCAUCCUGCAACAACACAUCACAUUGUUAAUAGGAUUCUUUGGGCCUUUUGUGUUUAUCUUGAAGCUGUUUCUGUUCUUCCUCAGUUAAGGGUCAUGCAGAACACUAAGAUUGUUGAACCAUUCACGGCACACUAUGUAUUUGCCCUUGGAAUAGCAAGGUUCUUGAGUUGUGCACAUUGGGUUCUACAGGUUAUAGAUACCAGAGGCCGUCUUCUAACAGCUCUAGGAUAUGGAUUGUGGCCUUCUAUGGUCCUCCUAUCCGAAAUUAUUCAGACUUUCAUCCUCGCUGAUUUUUGCUACUAUUAUGUCAAGAGCCUUUUUGGUGGACAGCUUGUUCUUCGCCUUCCUUCAGGAGUCGUGUAAAUUAAUUAAAUCUUUCAUGGAUUCAACAUCAAUCAACACUAUUCAGGAUGUAUCUAGGACUUUAACCAUUAUAGAUCACAAAUUUCGUAUAUGUACCUUCAACAAACUUUUAAUUAAUCCAUAUAUAUAAAGUGCAAGUUAAUCAAAUUAGUUGACACCUCAUAUAUUUUUUCUUCCAACCUAGCUAAUAUAUGUAACAAAUAGAAGGGUA